AUGGGAUUCAGUGCAUCAGAGAUUAUCCUGGUGUCAGUCAGUCAGAGCAUCACAAUCAUCGGUAAAGCGUGGCUCAUGGUCAUGCUCUUCCUCCGCCUCCUCCUCCUCCUCGUCGCUGGGUUCCCUCUGUACCAGGACGAGCAGGAGCGGUUUGUCUGUAACACCAUCCAGCCCGGCUGCGCUAACGUCUGCUACGACAUCUACUCUCCCGUCUCGCUCUUUCGCUUCUGGCUGCUGCAGCUCGUGGCGCUGUGUGUUCCCACCGCGCUCUUCAUCAUCUACGUCUCGCACAAAGUCACCGACUCACUUCAAAUCGACCCACACACGGCGCAGCUGCACGUGCGGAGGCUCGGCACCAGCUUCAGCGGAGCCUACGUGCUGCAGCUGCUGUUGCGGACCGUGUUGGAGGCGGGGUUUGGGGCGGCGCACUAUUACCUGUUUGGUUUCUACGUUCCCCGGAGGUUCCUGUGUCAGCACACGCCGUGCACCACACAGGUCGACUGCUACAUUUCCAGACCCACGGAAAAGACCCUGAUGCUCAACUUCAUGCUCGGCGUUGGAGCCCUCUCCGUGGUCCUGAACGUCCUGGAUUUCGUUUGUGCCGUGAAGCGUUCAGUGCGACACAAACAGAAGUUGAAGCUCGAAGCCGUUUAUGAAGAAGAGUGUGUUGUCUCCGACCAGAAGGAUGCCAACGCCACCGAGAGCUUCCGCAGACGCCACGGCAGCAGGAGCUCCAGAGACGCCGUGGGUCUGGAGUCUCGUCCAUGUUUGCCCGUAAUCCAAGCCACCAACGAGAACAAUGGGAACAACGGGAACGCCAUCCAGGAAGACGUGCUGGAACGACAGGGCAGCGAGGUGGCGCUGUGUCCAGGAACGCCACGGUCCAUCCGGGUUAGCAAGCGCGGGCGAGUGAAGCCCCCACCACCUCCUAGACGAGACCAGGUGGAGAGUGGACCAGCGGGGGGCCCUGAUGGUGCAGCAGCAGCAGCAGCAGCAGUAGCAGCAGCAGCAGCAGCGUGUCACAGAAAACUCAAGAGUAGUUUGGUGGAGCUGAGCACAGGAUCAGAGCUUCAGCCCAAAGAUGAAGAAAAGAAAUCUGAGUGGGUCUGA